AUGUCGUCGUCGUGUCAUCGUCAUCUCGUCGCAUCGCGUCGUCGUUGUCGUCUCGUCAUUGUCGCAUCGCGUCGUCGUUGUCGUCGCAUCGCAUUGUCGUCGCAUCGUGUCGUUGUCGUCGCAUUGCGUCGCAUCGUCGUCGUCAUAUCGUCAUUGUCGUCGCAUCGUGUCGUUGUCGUCGCAUUGCGUCGCGUCGUCAUCGUCAUUGUCGUCGUCGUGUCGUCGUCAUCGUCAUCGUAUCGUCGUCGUCGUCAUUGUCGUCGUAUCAUCGUCGUCGUGUUGAUGUUGUUGGGUUGUUGCUGUCGGGUCAUCGUCGUUGUCAUCGCACCAUCAUCGUCGGCCAAAGUGGCAACUUUAUCUAUGUGCUCGGAAUAUACCGAGCGUCCCAAUUCUUUGGAUGCACCUGCGAGUGAGGAGAGCGAGUCUUCCCGUCGAUCCAUUGCCCGUCAGCGCUUUAAGGGAGCUGUUCGUUCUGUCAUCAUGAUGCAGCAACAGCAAGCGGGGCAGGUCCCGCUGUAUCUACGGCCCUUCAUGCCGCCACGGAUACCUUCCUUUGACCGGAACUCCACUGCGGGAAUGUCUCCCACCCGAUUCUCGUCCAUCGGACCUUUCCAUACAUACAGCCCUUGUUCGGCAUCUAUAGUUCUCCCCAAACGGAAAAUAUCUCGCUACGUCAAGGUGCGUUAUGAUUUCUUUGUGGCUUCUCCGGCUGAUAUGCUGCGUCAAGUUGGGAUCGGUCUUCUAUCAUUUUUCGUGUCGGGUCAAGCAUAUGAGGUGUUGCGCUUUACAAACAUUGUUUACAUUAAUUUUUCCCAGGAAUCUUUUUCAACUCGGGCUGUUCUGGUACAUGUGCGAGGUUUUAUCGGCCAAGUUGCAUGGUCUGCGACCGGUACCAUUCUCUUGACAAGAUUAACUCGCGGAAUCAAGGUCUGGACGGAGGAUGGACUCAGUAAGAGAACAAUCGACCGGCCGCACUCUGUAUCAUCUAUUGCAUGGCUGCCUAACAGCGACACACAUUUCUUCUCCGUCGAAGGUAGUGAUGUUUUUAGACUGGACAUCCAAGGAAAGGUUCUUGAUUCGUAUCACUUUGGUCGCAUCCAGUUGCACAAUGUAGCUGUGACUCCAGAUGGUCAACGGCUACUGGGUGUGGGUCCACUCCUUGCCGCACCACUAGGGUUGAAAAACACAUAA